AUGUCAGAUAUAUCUUUUUUUAACCCACCGGACUUGAUUGAUGAAGUGAAAAGACGUCCUGCCCUUUAUAAAACGGACCAGCCCGUCGACAGAGAAGAGAAGCUGGCAUUAUGGAAAGAAGUAGGGGCGGCCAUUUACUCUGACUGGGACAGUUACAACAAGGCCACUGCGUACGACAAAGUGCUCCAGUUGCAAAGGAAAUGGAGGUCUUUACGCGAUGCGUAUAACAGAGAGCUGCGCGCGCGCAAAACGGGCGACAGGGAACGCAAAAGGGUAUACAAGUACUUCAAAAGGAUGAGCUUCCUCGGAGGUUUCACGGGAUCUGUCAGCGAGGAGGAUGAACAAGAAACAGUAGAGUGUAAAAGCAAUCCAGACGACACUAUGAUCUUAACAGAGCGAGAGAAUACGCCUGAAACCCCCAAACUCAAGAAGCCUAGGAAAAGUAAACGGAAAAGACGAUCCACCGACAGCAUACCUGCCCCAGAGGAGAUGGAAAUGCCAAUGUUUUCACUUGAAACGAUCAACGACGGCGAUGACAGUGACAAGUUGUUCAUGCUGUCCUUUGUGCCGGAGAUGAGACAGCUGCCCGGGCACCUGAAGAUGUGGGUGCGUGCGCAGAUAGCUAACGCUAUGCAGGAAGCAGUGUCGUGCCAUUAUAAUGAUACACAACCCACAAACACUCUUGAAAAGAACGGUCUAGAUGUUAAAAGACAACGUUAUGAGAGUGAAGAUUGA